AUGUGGAUGUGGAUCGGUCUGGGAUCGGUCUGGGAUCGGUCUGGGAUCGGUCUGGGAUCGGUCUGGGAUCGGUCUGGGAUUGGUCUGGGAUUGUGUUGCAGACAGAAAACAGAUUUUAUUGUUGACGGCCACGGAGUUGCACAUCCGGAGCCAUGGACAGACGCCAUCUCAGUUGCUUAUCGAGCCACAUCCUCCACGCAGCUCUGUCACACACCUGAGGAGGAGGAGGAGGAGGAAGAGGAGGAGGAGGAAGAGGAGGAGGAGGAGGAGGGUGAGGGGGAGGAGGGCAUGGUGUGA